UGAAAAGCAAAAGGAAUUGAAGUAUGGAGCCUCGUAAAAGACAGAUAAAGCAAAAGCAGAAUGAUGAGCGGGAACAUAGCAAAACACUAAACAGGGGGCCCCAUCCACUCUCACUGGCUAAUAGCUGUGCCUAUCGAACGGACGGACGGACGGAACAUUUGGCUGCGCACAGCAGAAAAGAGCAGGUACUCCCUACUCUGUCAAUUCAAACUGCUCUCUGCUCUCUGCUCUCUGCUCUCUGCUCUCUGCUCUCCUCUAUCAGUAUCAUAUCUCACAACACACACACACAAAUGCUUCUUUCCUUCUGCUUCUGCACUAUCAUAGUAAUUAUUACUAAUUAAUUACCAUUUAUAAAUAUAAUACUUGUAAUAAUAAUAUGAAUGCAAACAAAAAUAGUGGAAAGCAAAAGCAAUAUACACAGUACCCUCCAACUCCAAGUUGAUGUGUGUGUCUGUGAUGGACGUUUUGAUUCUCACGGCCUCCUUCACGUUCUUCACACAAGUGCUUGUUAUUGUAGUAUUGUACGUUCAUCACACUACACUAGUACUCACCCCCUAGCAACUCUCUCAAAUAAUUUUGUAAACUCAUUGCUCCUCCCUGGUUAUGGUUAUGGUUAUGGUUAUGGUUAUGGUUAUGGUUAUGGUUAUGUCUCUCAACUGCCUCCUCCUCCUCCUACUUUACUUCCUCCUCUCACGUGAGGCUCUCUGCUCCGCCUUCUCCGAGCCUCGAAACCCCGAAGUGGAGGCUUUGAUGGCCAUAAAGGAAGCUCUCAAUGAUCCACACGCUGUUCUCAGCAACUGGGACGAUUAUUCUGUUGAUCCUUGCAGUUGGACCAUGAUUACUUGCUCUUCUGAUUACCUUGUUACAGCUCUGGGAGCACCGAGUCAAUCUCUCUCUGGAACUUUGUCCCCUGCAAUUGGAAAUCUCACAAACCUUCGACAAGUAUUAUUGCAGAACAACAAUAUCUCAGGCAAAAUCCCACCGGAACUUGGAAACCUUCCCAAGCUUCAGACCUUAGAUCUCUCCAAUAACCGGUUCUCUGGCUUGAUUCCACCCUCCCUGAGUCAAUUGAAUAGUCUCCAGUACCUGAGGCUCAAUAACAAUAGCUUGUCUGGACCAUUUCCUGUCUCACUGGCCAAAAUCCCACAGCUUGCUUUCUUGGACUUGUCUUUUAACAAUCUCAGUGGACCAUUGCCCAAGUUUCCAGCCAGGUCAUUCAAUAUUGUGGGGAAUCCAUUAGUUUGUAAAAGCAGUUCUACUGAAGGUUGCUCUGGAUCAGCAACCCUCAUGCCCAUUUCUUUCUCUCAACCAUCAUCAGAAGGAAGAGAAAGGUCUAAAAGACUAGCAAUUGCUCUUGGGGUCAGCUUUAGUUGUGUUUCUCUCGUUGUCUUGUUUUUUGGGCACUUAUGGUAUAGAAAGAGGAGACAACAUGGAGCCAUCCUGUAUAUCGAUGAUUGUAAGGAAGAAGGAGUUGGUAACCUGGGAAAUCUAAAGAAAUUCACAUUCAAAGAGCUCCAACGUGCAACUGAUAACUUCAGCACCAAGAAUAUACUUGGUGCUGGAGGGUUUGGCAAUGUUUAUAAAGGGAAGCUUGGAGAUGGUAUAAUGGUGGCAGUGAAAAGGCUGAAAGAUGUAACUGGUAGUGCUGGCGAAUCACAGUUCCAAACAGAAUUGGAGAUGAUCAGCUUGGCGGUUCACCGCAAUUUACUUCGCUUAAUUGGAUAUUGUGCUUCUCCUGAUGAAAAACUUCUGGUUUAUCCCUACAUGUCUAAUGGCAGUGUGGUCUCCAGGCUUAGAGGGAAACCAGCUUUAGAUUGGAAUGCAAGAAAGAGGAUAGCAAUUGGAGCUGCUAGAGGCCUUGUCUAUCUGCAUGAGCAAUGUGAUCCAAAGAUAAUACACAGAGAUGUGAAAGCUGCGAAUGUGCUUCUAGAUGACUAUUGUGAAGCUGUUCUUGGUGAUUUCGGCCUUGCAAAGCUCCUUGAUCAUGCUGAUUCCCAUGUCACCACUGCUGUCCGUGGCACUGUUGGGCACAUUGCACCAGAGUACCUCUCCACUGGCCAAUCAUCUGAGAAAACUGAUGUAUAUGGUUUCGGUAUUCUCUUAUUAGAGCUCAUAACCGGAAUGACAGCUCUCGAGUUCGGGAAAACGGUGAAUCAGAAAGGAGCUAUGCUGGACUGGGUUAGGAAAAUACAGCAGGAAAAGAAGGUUGUAGAGUUGGUGGAUAAAGAGCUAGGGAGCAACUAUGAUAGAAUAGAGGUGGGGGAGAUGCUGCAAGUAGCUUUACUGUGUACUCAAUAUUUGACAGCCCACAGGCCCAAAAUGUCUGAUGUGGUCCGAAUGCUUGAAGGGGAUGGGCUUGUUGAGAAGUGGGCAAUGGCAUCACAUGAUUAUGGUUGUCAAGGCAUGAACCUUAGUCAGAACAACAGUUCAUCCCAUCCUACUUCUGCCUCAAAACAUGUUGAUAGUGUUCAUGAUCGUUCAAGCAUGUUUGGCAUGACAAUGGAUGAUGAUGAUGAUGAACGGUCUUUGGAUUCUUAUGCUAUGGAACUUUCUGGUCCUAGAUAAACAAAUCUUUAAAAAAAGUAAAAUAGGAUAGGAGUUGUUAUGGUUAUAAGUCCUUUAAAGUUUUUUUUUUUUUAACUUUGGUUAUAAUCAAUGUAUAUAUUAUAAAAAACUAAACAACAGUAGAAUAGUACUAGUACAGUGGUAAUUAUUAUGUUCUUGUGCGUCUAGAUGCAAGAUACAAUGGUAGAAUGCAGAGGGUGUGAAGCUCAGGUAAUGAUAAUUGACGCUUUUGACCGAAGCUGAAGAAGGGCAUGGAUUUUGCAGUGUCUUCUUUGUUGGUUUUGAUGUUCAAACUUGAAAGUAGGAGUGUUAGGUUUCAGCUGAGGUCGUUUUCGUUCUGAUGCUUUGCAGAGGCACGGGCUCUUGUGUU